AUGCGGCUCUUCGUGAAGGAUUUCAAUGGCUCGUCUUUUGCUUUCGAAACUUCCGAUACCUCGAAGGUUUCGGCACUGAAAAGUCAAAUAUCGGGCAUUAUCCCGGUAGAUCCAUUGUUGCAGCGUUUGUCCUUCCGUGGGACACCGCUUGAGGACAGUAGAGCCCUAUCUGAUUACGAUGUCGAAGAUGAUUGUAUUUUGGACCUCAACUGCGACCUCCUUGGUGGUGCAAAGAAACGUAAAAAGAAAGUGUAUACUACACCGAAGAAAAUAAAGCACAAGAAAAAGAAGGUUAAGCUUGCCACGCUCAAGUUUUACAAGGUGGAUUCAAACGGGAAGAUCACACGGCUCCGGAGAGAAUGUCCCAGUGAAGGUUGCGGUCCUGGUGUGUUCAUGGCGAGUCACUUCGACAGGCAGUAUUGUGGAAAGUGUGCCCUAACUUACAUGCAUGAAUGCAACCACGCUAUUGAGGCACCGGUGAUCGAAAACCUGAAGGUGCCUCACAUCAUCUGUCCACAGAGCCCAUGUCUCGCACUCAUACAACAACACAUCCUUUACUGUAGCCUGGCACACAUGACCCUUGAGAUCCAAUGA